AUUUCAAUACAAUCAGAGCGCCACACACACACACACACACAGACACAGAGAGAGAUGGAAAGUUUUGAUGAUAAGGGUAGUGUUUGUGUAACAGGUGGAACAGGGUAUGUAGCAUCAUGGUUGAUCAAGAAGCUACUUGAAAAUGGUUACAAGGUUCGAACUACAAUUAGAUCUUCUAACCACCGAGAUAGCAAGAAAGACCUCAGCUACCUCACAAACCUUCCAUGUGCAUCAGAAAAGCUUCAAAUUUUCAAUGCAGAUCUUGAUCUGCCGGAAAGUUUUGAUGAAGCUAUCCAAGGCUGCAUUGGAGUCUUCCAUGUGGCUCAUCCGGUUGAUUACGGGGAGAAAGAGCCUGAAGAAAUCAAGAUCCAAAGAGCAAUCAAUGGGACUCUUGGCAUUUUAAAGGCAUGCCUUGAUUCGAAGACUGUGAAACGAGUCGUAUACACUUCUAGCGCAUCCACCAUUAUGUUUAACGACAAGGGUUUAGAUGUUUUGGAUGAGAAUCAUUGGAGUGAUAUAGAUUAUAUUAGGUCCGUAAAGAUUUAUGGAGUUUCAUACAUGAUCUCGAAGACAUUAACUGAAAAGGCUGCUCUAGAGUUUGCUGAAAAACAUGGAUUGGAUCUUGUCACUGUAAUUCCUACUGUUGUCAAUGGACCCUUCAUCUGUCCUCGUGUGCCCAGUUCAGUAAACUUUUCAAUGGCAAUGAUCUUCGGGAAGAAAGAAAAUUGUAAGUAUCUUGGUAAAAUACAAAUGGUGCAUGUAGACGAUGUGGCCAGUGCACAUAUCUUCCUUUUUGAAUAUCCUCAUGCAAAAGGGAGGUAUUUGUGUUCGGCAUUUGACAUAACAAUCGAUAAGAUGUUUGAAUUUUUAUCGGCCAGAUACCCAGAAUAUCCAAUACCAACACUUGAUUCCUUAAAAGAAAUUGAAAUUGAAUGUUUUACACGUUCUGAUUUCUCAUCAAAGAAGCUAUUGGAUACUGGGUUCAAAUAUAAGUACAGACUUGAAGAAAUGUACGAUGAAACAAUUCAAUGCUGCAAAGAGAAGGGUUUUCUCUAGAGUUCUUAAAAUAUCUUUAAGGUUUAUAAUGUUGUAAACUAUGAAAUUUUUAGUUUUAUUUUUUUUGUCUUUGUUGUGUCAACUGUUUUGUAUUUGGCAUGUGUAUAGCUAGUGAGCAUUUGAGUAUUCAUACCAAAGCUUGGUUGCCGAGGCAAUCCAGAGAUGUAA